CUUUCUUUCUUUCUUUCUUUCCCUCUCAUUCUUCUUCUUCUUUCUUCUGUCUCUCUCUCUCUCCACUUCUUCUUUUGUACUAGUUUACCUUAUCUGUAAUUGAUCACGUUACUUUCUUGUUCAGAGAGAGGACAGGUGUGGCGAGUGAUCGAUUACUCUCCAGCCAAUCAGAUCGCAGCAUUACGCCCGAGUCCCGCCUCAUGGUUAAACCGCGGACCAAUCAGGCGCAGGAUCACUUCCGCCCGCUGGCUUUCCCUGGACGCAGAGUAAACACGGUUUCUCCGCGCUGGAAGGAUUACACUUCCCUGCAGGAAGAGGAGCUCGAGGUGAAUUCUUUGAUUUAAAGAAGUAUAAAUGAGUAUUUCUUUCCGUCGGGAAGAGUUUGUUGCGAAGUCCAUGUUGGAGAAGAGUGAGUGGAAAACUGCAGGACGUCUCUAUGUGACCCGCAGUACCCACUGAAGUCUGAGUUAGUCCAUGGCAUAACCCCGGGUCUUCAGCUUCCUCCUGGGGGAAGUGGCUGUCCAGUCCCUUGUCUGAUUAGUGCGACGCCCCACAGGAAGCGGCCGCUACGCCGUGCGAACCGUAACCAUGCCGGCCCUUGCUACGGGACCGGGCCCUGACACAGGUCUGUACGAGCUGUUGUCAGCGUUGCCGUCUCAGCUCCAGAUGUAUGUAAAGAGCGCGGAGGAUCGCUCUUUUCUCCAUGCCGUGUUCAGCGCCCGGAGCCUGCACUCCCUCGUCAAGAUCCAUGAGAAGUUACAGCACUAUGAGGAAAUGUGUCCUUCUCCUGUACUGGACAGCGCUGGUGCUCUCGCUCAAGGAGUGUCUGAUGAGCUCCAGACGAAACCUCUGAGUGCAGACGUCACCGAGCUGCUGAAGCUGCUAUCGAAACCUCAUGUUAAGAGUUUGUUGUCAGUCCAUGACACAGUGGCUCAGAAGAGUUAUGAUCCCGAGCUUCCUCCUCUUCCAGACGACAUCGACGAUGAUGAAGAUUCAGUCAAGAUCAUCCGACUGGUCAAGAAUAAAGAACCCCUAGGGGCCACCAUUAAAAAAGACGAAAAAAACGGAGCCAUCACAAUCGCUCGCAUCAUGAAGGGCGGAGCAGCAGACAGAAGUGGCCUGAUCCACGUGGGAGACGAGCUGAAGGAGGUCAAUGGCAUCCCAGUGGAGGGAAAGAGACCAGAGGACAUCAUUCAGCUUCUGUCCCAGUCCGAGGGUGCCAUUACUUUUAAAGUGGUACCAGGUCCAGAGACAGAGGGUCCAGCCAGUGAGCCCAAGACGUACGUGAAGGCUCUGUUUGAUUACGACCCGGAGGAGGACAAGGCGAUUCCAUGUAAGGAGGCAGGUAUGGCCUUCAGGAAGGGUGAUGUGCUGCGAGUCAUGUCUCAGGAGGAUGCUACAUGGUGGCAGGCCAAAAUCGAGGGCGGCACCAACCCUCGCGCCGGACUCAUCCCCUCCAAGCAGUUCCAGGAGAGGAGGUUCGCUCUCCAACAGCCGACGGCCAACACCCAGCCUCAGAAGAUCUCUCGGAAACCAUCUGGUUUACGGAGGAGCUUCCGUCUCAGCAAAAGAGGAAAGAAGACAAACAAGUCCAUGUACGAGUGUAAAAAGAGCGAGCGGUACGACACCGCUGACGUCCCCACUUACGAAGAAGUCGUUCCGUACUGCAGAGCCCACGGAGCCAAGCACAGACUCGUCGCCCUGCUCGGUCCUACAGGCGUGGGUUUGAACGAGCUGAAGAGGAAGCUGUUAAUAUCUGACCCGCAGCACUUCAGCGUCACCAUCCCUCACACAUCCCGAGCGAAGAGGAAUCAGGAGAAUGAUGGUGUGGAGUAUCACUUCAUCUCUAAACACCUGUUUGAAACGGACAUCCACAACAACAAGUUUAUUGAAUAUGGCGAGUAUAAGGGAAAUUACUACGGGACGAGCCUGGACUCGAUCCGCUCGGUAAUGGCCAAAAACAAGGUGUGCCUCCUGGAUGUGCAGCCUCAUUCUCUGAAGCAGCUCCGCACGGCCGAGUUUAAGCCCUACGUGGUGUUCGUGAAGCCUCCGUCCAUCGAGCGUCUGAGAGAGACCCGGAAGAACGCUAAAACCAUCUCGGGGAAAGGAGACAAGGACUCGUCCAGACCCUUAACGGACGAAGACUACCAGGAGAUGAUCGGCGCCGCCCGGCUGACGGAGAAUCAGUACGGUCAUCUCUUCGACCUGGCGAUCGUCAACGACGACCUGGCGUCCGCAUUCGGCGAGCUCAGGCAGGCUCUGAGGAAGGUGGAGACGGAGACGCACUGGGUUCCAGUUAGCUGGACGCACUCCUGAGGGAACAUCGUGCACCAGUAAAAGGGACGGAAAAUAAACCCGGGACGGCACGUUUUUAAAAAUAAAGCGGAGAAGAAAGACAAAGGGGAAGAAGUUUUGCGAAGCAUGACUGCUGACUGGGCUUUCAUUUAGCCUAAAUCUGGUGACGGGGAAGGGGGGGGGUGGUUUGUGGGGGAUUUUAACAGCUCUCUGACACGUUUAUGGGGUCCUGCGACACUAAAAGAAGGAAUUUUAGGUUUGUUUUUGUGUGUUCUUGGUCAGCAUGGCUGGAUUCAGAGCGAAGUGUCUAAUUACUCUCGAAAUGUCGUUAAACAUGGGAUCGUUUAGCGGUAGCUGUCGAAGCGCGUGUUUACUUGACAACCAGUUGGGCAGAGUGUGAGUUUUAACUUUAAUUUAUAAACACCAAAGGGGUGAGUUGUUUUUUUUUUUUUUCUUUUGUUUUUUUUUUUUUCUUUUUUUUCUUUUUUUCUUUUUUUUUUUUUGUUUAUUCUGUGGGCGGACAAUAUUUUUUGUGAUUUUUGGGAAGUCUUAAAUCUUUUUUUUUUUUUCUUUUUUUUUUGUUUAUUCUGUGGGCGGACAAUAUUUUUUUGUGAUUUUUGGGAAGUCUUAAAUCUUUUUUUUUUUUUUUUUUUUUUUUUUUUUUUAUUCUGUGGGCGGACAAUAUUUUUUGUGAUUUUUGGGAAGUCUUAAAUCUAUUUUUUUUUUCUUUUUUUUUUUUUUUAUUCUGUGGGCGGACAAUAUUUUUUUGUGAUUUUUGGGAAGUCUUAAAUAUUUUUUUUUCUUUUUUUUUUUUUUUUAUUCUGUGGGCGGACAAUAUUUUUUGUGAUUUUUGGGAAGUCUUAAAUCUUUUUUUUUUUUUUUUUUUUUUUUUUUUUUUUUUAAAAACGAUACAACUCCGAAGAAUGAACUCCUCUUAUGCUAUUAUAUUUAACUAGAAAAGUAAUAUAUAUUUUAAUAAUUUUCUGGGGUUUGUGUACUUUUUUUUAAUAAACAAAAGCGAUCUCCUGACCCCUGUAGAGCAUCGGUCUCCAGAGGAACUUGAGUUGUGUGCCGAGUUUCCCCUUCAGAUCGGACUGAUACUCUACACAGCCAGUGGGUGAUGGUUUUAUAGUUAUAAAUAUCACGUAACCGUGCUUUCGGGCAGACUUUCUCUCUCCGAGAUAUGUACGGGAAGAGUACCGUCUUUCCUCUUAUUACAGGUACGCUAUCUACACGUCAUUAAAGCGUAAAACUCGCCCAGGUUUUGUCUUUUCCUUUAAUGCCUAAGAAACACACACACACACACACACACACAUUUUUAUAUAUUUUUAUAUUUUACCAUCAAUAUGCACAAAUUUGACUUCAUUAAACGCAAAUUUUGUGGCUGAAUAUUA